UACGGCUGCAUCACUCUGUUACAGAUGCAUUGGGCAGGAGGAUUUGGCAAUGCAUGCGUAAAUCUGUCGGUUCUGUGUCAGAUCCCCGUGAUAAACCACGUCUCGCCACAUGUGAGUGGCAAAGAAGACUGAUGUCCUUAUAAUAAGAGGUCUGAUCCAUGUCAACGGCAAGUCGGCGUAUGGCUGCGCGCAGUUCGCUGCAGCUCAAACGCAGUCGGGAUUAAGCGUGAACCCGGCGUGAGAUCGGUCGGAAACAACGCACAAAAAAAGAGAGCGAGGAAGGCAACGGAGGUAAGCGCGCACUCGAGCUGUAAGAAGCAUUUUUUUUCCUUCCUAGGACGCGCACAGACAGGCAGCGCUGCUGGUGAGACAGCAGACAGGGGGAGAGCAGGAGAGGAGGAGGACGCACAAACACAGAGAUAAAGUUCUCCUGCAUCGAGAUGAAGUAUGGCGCCAACAGAUAUCUGCGUCCCCGUGUAAUGGAAGUUUUGGAUCAUAAAGGGGAAGAGGAGUAAUACCCCCAAGGAACAGGUGCACCCAUCUAUUUCGGAGUGGCAUGAGCGUUUCAGUGCAGUGGAGCCAAUGACAUAUCCAGUCAUGAUUUGGGUCGCGUUAUUACCUUUUUUUGUUACGUGCGCACACGGGAACAGGACCCUGGAGCAGGUGCCGUUUUUUCACGGGCAUGUAUUUGAAAACUCGUCUCCCGGGUCCCGGGUCAACGGACUGAGCGUCCCGUUAAAGCGGCUUAACUCGCAGAGGCAGUGCGGUACCGGGGAAUCUGCAGCGCACUUUAAACUCCUGGGACACGGUAGCGAGAAUUUCCGUGUCUUCGCGCACCACAAACGGGGCCAAAUUUUAUUGAAGACUUCUGGGGUUCUGGACCGGGAGGAGCGGGAUGAAUACGCACUAAGUCUGGGUUUGUGUUGCGGGCAAUGCGCGGGGCUCCCCCGUGAAGUGGGAGAGGAGUCUCCGGUUGUCGCUGAAGUGGCGUCCAUCAAGGUGGACGUCCUGGACACCAACGACCACCAGCCCACCUUCCCAGGUGCAGAUGUGAAACUGAGCCUGGAUGAUGCCACCGCGCUGCGCACGGCGAUCUACAAAGUGACCGCGCGGGACAAUGACAGCGGCAAGAAUGCGCAGCUCAUCUACUUCGCCUUGCCCAAAAAUGGGAGUUUUUACGUGGUGCCCAAAACCGGAGACAUCCUCCUGGUGGACUCUAUCCUCGGUCUGGAGGAUCCAAUUAAGUUUCAAGUGUUCGCCCGGGACCGCGGGUGGCCACCUCGCACGAGCCAGAGCAUAGCAGUUGAGAUCAAUCCACGGCAAUGGCCCGUGGCCCCUUUGAUCAACACCAAACCGGUGGAAUGGAAAGCUAAAUCACAAUUAAAAGUCCCAGCGCGAAGGUCCAGGUCAGUGAUGGAAUCAGACAGCCCCGUUUUCAUCAACGUGUCCGAGGAUGCAGGGAUCGGUUCAGUGGUGAUGAACCUGAACCCGGUGAGGUUUCUGUCGGCAACAUUUGAGUUGGUGGAGCCCGACGUGGAGAGCUCGCCUGUCAGCGUGAGCCGGGACAGCGGGGAUAUAGUUAUAUCACGGAGACUGGACCGAGAAACCGAGCCUCUGGUGGAGAUCAGCGUCAAAGUUCAGGAUAAAAGAGGUCCAGAGUGGUACUUGGUCAGAGUGGAGCUGACUGUGAUGGAUGUAAAUGACAACAUCCCAGAAUGGACCAUGGUUCCUUCUCCCUACCUGGCUGUGGUUUCCCCUGACGCCCCUGCGGGCUCGCUGGUCUACAAGCUCCAUGCUCAAGACGGGGACGAAGGCAACAACGGUGAAGUGGAGUACUUCCUGUCUGAUGGUGGUGAUGGUCGUUUUGAAGUGGACAGGAAGAACGGCCAGGUGCGAACUACAGGCCUUCCCCUGCAGCGGGACAGGGAGUACCUGCUGACAGUGGUGGCUGCCGACCGGCUGGGCAGCCGCAGCGCCCCAGUCGUGGUCUCUGUGGUGGCUGGAGCCCGGCCACCACAGUUCACCAACGCUUCCUUCACCAUUGCCAUACCUGAAAACACCCCUGAAGGACAGCCCUUCCUGGUUACACCGGCUGUGUCCUUCCAGAAGAAACCAAUCAGCUACAGCCUUCUCAUCAAUCCCAGCAGUCUCUUCUCAAUCUCAGCAGAGACGGGUGACAUCCGCCUGACGCGCCCUAUUGACUACGAGACCGACCAGCAUCGUUACUUGCUAUUGGUCCGAGCCAGCGAAGGACUGGACAGCAUGAGUAGUGCAGCGGAGGUUCGAGUUGUUAUUGUCGAUGAAAAUGACUGCGUUCCUGAGUUCCUCCAGUCCAUUUACAGCAGGGAUGGCGUGCCGGAGACCGUGACAACAGCAACGUCCCUGCUGCAAGUGUCAGCCAAUGACUGUGACUCGGAAGAGAAUGCAGAGUUGACCUAUUACACCCUGAGUCCAGACUUCACCAUUUCCCCUCAUGGGACCAUCUUCCCUGUGGGGCCUCUGGACUACGAGAGGCCCAACCACCUGUACGAGUUUGUAGUGAUGGCCAUUGACAAGGGCGAUGUCCCUCGCACAGGCACAACUACAGUACGGAUCCGAAUGGCAAAUGUCAACGAUGAGGCACCUGAGUUCUCCCAACACAUAUAUCGGACGUUUGUCUCAGAGGACGCGGGCCCCAACACGCUUGUUGCCACUGUGCUGGCAAAGGACCCUGACGGCGACGGGAUCACGUACAAGAUCACCACGGGAAACGAGGAGGGCAACUUUAUCAUUGACAGCCAAAAAGGUCUGAUCCGUCUGCGCUCCAGUCCGCCUCCUUACCUACAGGGCGUUGAAUAUGUCCUCAACGUAACCGCAACGGAUGACAACGCCUCGAGUGGACCUCAGGCCUUGUCAUCCACAGCCCAGGUCAUAGUGGGAGUGGACGACGUGAACAACAACAAGCCUGUCUUUGAGAAGUGCCAGCAGUACCGAGAGAGCACGUCGGUCCUGGAGAACCAGCCAGCGGGGACGUUUGUUCUGCAGGUUCAUGCUGUGGAUGCAGACGAGGGCUCCAAUGGAAGAGUCACAUACGGCUUCAUGCAUAAAGACUCCACUGUGCCAGCCUUCAGUAUACACCCAGACACCGGAGUUAUUGUGACAGCCAGGAAAUUUGAUCGUGAACGCCAACGGGAGUAUGCGGUGACAGUGACUGCCACUGACCAGGCAGCUGACCCACUGAUUGGCAUUUGUCAGCUCAACAUCCUCAUUCUGGACCAGAACGACAACAGUCCCAAGUUUGAGAACAUCCGAUAUGAGUACUUCCUUCGUGAGGAUACGAUGAUCGGGACUAGUUUCUUGAGGGUGGCAGCUCAUGACGAUGACUUUGGCACCAAUGCGGCCAUCACAUACUCUAUGUCCAGUGAACAGCCGGAGUACCUCAGGGUCAACCCUCUGACUGGCUGGGUUUAUGUCAACCAGCCCAUUUCUCAGAGGACAUACAUCACCAGGGAAAUUGUGGCGACAGACGGGGGGAAUCUGAGCAGUUCAGUGGAGCUGGCCGUCACCAUCACCAACGUGAAGAACCAGCCCCCGCAGUGGGAAAAGGACAGCUACAGUGUUGUCAUACCAGAAAACACCGUCCGAGACACACCCAUCGUGACCAUCAAAGCCACCUCCCCUCUUGGGGAUCCCAGAGUAACUUACAACUUGGAGGACGGCAUGGUCCCAGAGACCAAUAUGCCAGUUCGCUUCUACUUGACCCCCAACCGAGAGGAUGGUUCGGCCUCCAUCCUUGUGGCAGAGCCCCUGGACUACGAGACCACCAGAAACUUCAUGCUGCGCGUUCGAGCUCAGAAUGUCGCUGCUGUACCAUUGGCGGCGUUCACCACGGUCUAUAUCAAUGUCACAGAUGUAAAUGACAACGUCCCAUUUUUCACUUCCUCUAUCUACGAGGCCUCGGUCACUGAAGGCGCAGAGUCCGGAACCCUGGUUUUCCAGGUUUUAGCCAAUGACCUCGACUUGGGUCUCAAUGGCAAGAUCUCCUACUCCCUGCUGGAGGAUCGUAGUGGCGACCACCAGUUUUUCCGUAUUGACCCAGAGCUGGGAUUCAUCUACUCCCAUACUGUGUUUGACCGCGAGACCAAAAGCUCCUACCUAUUGGAGGUCCAGUCUGUGGAUGGCUGGGAGUCUGCGCGGCCUGGCAAACAUGGACAACCCAACUCCGACACUGCAUAUGUCCGUGUUUUUAUAAGUGACGUGAACGAUAACAAGCCAGCAUUUGCACAGGCAUCCUAUGAAGUUGAUGUAGAUGAGGAUGCUGACGUAGGCUUCGCCAUCCUCACUGUUGGUGCCAACGAUGGGGACGAAGGUGGAAACGCAAAACUGCGCUACCAGAUAACGUCAGGGAACACCGGAGGGGUGUUUGACGUGGAACCAGAGGUGGGCACUAUCUUUAUUGCCCAGCCCCUGGACUAUGAACAGAACAAAAGGUACAAGCUUCAUGUCCUGGCUUCAGAUGGGAAGUGGGAGGAUUACACAACAGUGACGGUGAACGUGGUCAACAAGAAUGACGAGGCUCCGGUGUUCACAGUUAACGAGUACUACGGCAGCGUGACGGAGGAGCUGGACGGCUCACCGGUGUUUGUGUUACAGGUAACAGCUUCUGACCCAGAUAAGGAUGCCGACCAGGAGGCCUUGCGGUACUCACUCCAUGGCCAGGGUGCAGAGAGUGAAUUCAUAAUUGAUGAGGUCACAGGCAAGAUCUACGCCCAGCGGACCCUGGACCGCGAGGAGCGCGCCGUGUGGCGCUUCGUCGUCUUGGCCACGGACGAGGGCGGAGAGGGUCUGACGGGCUUUACCGACGUCAUCAUCAACGUGUGGGACAUCAACGACAACGCACCCGUCUUCACCUGCGCCCCUAGCUGCCACGGAGACGUGGCGGAGAACUCGGCAGCAGGGACGUCUGUGAUGGAGAUGACAGCCACCGACCUGGACGACUCGGCAGUGGGGCAGAACGCCGUGCUCUCUUACAGGAUUCUGGGUAGCUUGGACGCCACUCAGGUCGAGAUGGGAGGAGUGCCUACCUUCUCCGAGAUGUUUACAAUCAACCCAACCACUGGCACCAUCACUGUAGCCAUGGGCGGCCUGGACAGAGAGCAGGUUGAGUCCUACCUCCUGGUUGUGGAGGCCAGAGACGGGGGAGGGAUGACAGGAACUGGAACCGCUACCAUUCAAAUCAAGGACGUAAACGACCAUGCUCCAAGAUUCACGGAUCACUCCUGUCUGGCUAGAAUAUCUGAGAAUGCCGAGCCCAAUGCAGAGGUCCUGGAGCUGGCUGCAGAGGACAAAGACACUGGAGAAAAUGCCCAACUGACCUUUAGCGUUGUGGCUGGAGACCAAGAGCAGAAGUUCUACAUGGUCAGUCACAAGCAGGAGCAGCGCGGCACCCUGAGACUUAAGAAACGCCUUGACUAUGAACGGCACAGCGAGCAGAGGUUCAACCUCACACUGAAGGUUGAAGACCUGGACUUCUCCAGCCUUCUGCACUGUAUGGUGGAGGUGGAGGACUAUAACGACCAUGCUCCUGUCUUCAUUCCACAUCUCCUGUCUCUUGCCCCACUGCCGGAGGACAUCAGUGUGGGAACCAGUGUGGCACGUUUGGUGGCCAGUGACUCUGAUUCAGGCCAGAACCGUGACAUAACCUAUAGUUUAUCAGAAGACUCGGAUCCUGAAGGGCUGUUUACCAUCGACCAAUCCGGUGUGCUCUCUGUGGCCCAGCCCCUGGACCGGGAGAGGAUAUCGCAGCAUUACUUGGUUGUAGUAGCGACCGAUCAUGGGGUUCCACCUCUAACAGGCAGCGCCACUGUCCAGCUGCCGCUGUUGGAUGUAAACGAUAACGGGCCAGAGUUUGAGGUGGCAUACGCCCCAGUAGUCUUUGAGAAUGUAGCCGGACCUCAGGUAGUAAGGGUGAACCUUACGUCAACCCUUCUCCGAGCUGUGGACCGGGACUCUCCAGAGAAUGGCCCGCCCUUUCACUUCAGUGUCCCCUCCGACUAUCGCCACAGCAAUGAUUUCUACCUCCAGGACAACCUAAACGGCACGGCGAUGCUAACAGCUCUGAGGAUGUUUGACCGCGAGCGGCAGAAAGAGUUCCUCAUUCCGAUUAUUAUGAGCGACAGCGGCCAUCCAGCCCAAACGGUGACCAGCACCCUGACAGUCACCAUCGGGGACCAAAAUGAUCACGCACAUAUGGCGGGGGAGAAGAAGAUUUUCAUCAACAGUCACAGAGGCCGUAUGCCAACUACUGUGCUUGGAAAGGUCUACUCUCCGGACCCUGAUGACUGGGACAACAAGACGUACGUCUUUGAAGGACAUGUGCCAAGUUACUUUAUCCUGAACAAGCGAACAGGCUUCCUGAUCAUCAAGGAGAACGCCCCACCCGACAUCUAUCACUUCCAGGUCCGUGUGUCCGACGGAGUUUGGCCAGAUGCCGUCUCUAGUGUCACAGUGCACGUGAGGGAGUUGCGAGACGAGGCCAUCUACAACUCAGGGUCUCUCCGCCUGGCAGAUAUCACAGCAAAGGAGUUCAUUGAACUGAGAGGGAAGCAGCGGAGCCGCUGCGAGCUGCUGGUGGACUUCCUGUCUGAGAUGCUCUCCGUUUCAUCUGAUGAAGUCAACGUCUUUAGCCUCAUGGAUGUGAAGGAGCGAAUGCUAGAUGUCCGCUUUGCUGUGCAUGGUGGACCCGCCUUCCUCCAGCCUGAGAAAAUCCAUGGCUAUCUAGCCGCCCACAAGCAAAAGCUCCAGUCAUUCCUUCAGGUCAGCGUGUCCCAAGUUCGGGUAGACGAGUGUCCCAGCUCGGAGUGUGCCGGGGCCGGUGGCUGCACUAACGUUUUGAAUGUGCGGGACACACCCACAAUCGUGGAUUGUGGGACCAUGAGUCUUGUAUCUGUGACGGUGGAAUCCACAGCUGUGUGCUCCUGCCCAGGUAGAGAACAGUCCCAUCAGCCCUGCACCGCAUACCCCAGAAACCCCUGCUUCAAUGGUGGCGUGUGUGUGGACACUCAGCAUGGCUACAGGUGCCAAUGUCCAGCGCAGUUCGAAGGACCUGAGUGCCAGCAGAACAAGCACAGUUUCCAUGGCAACGGCUAUGCCUGGUUUCCUCCCAUAAUGCCCUGUUUUGAGAGUCACAUGUCGCUGGAGUUCAUCACGGACGUGGCUGACGGACUCCUGCUGUACAGCGGUCCCUUAGCCCAGCUGCAGGUCUGGGACAAUGAGGACUUCAUGGCCAUAGAGCUAAUAGAUGGGACCCCCACCUUGAAAAUCAACCAUGGCUCUGGCACAGUGGUGCUACAGUUGCCAGGCAACGUGAACGUGGCAGACAGGCGGUGGCAUCGGCUGGAUGUCCGCAGCAACAGCAAGGAAGUGCGUUUCACCUUGGAUCGCUGUUCAGGGGCGGCAGUGAUGGAAACAGAAGGACUAGGCAGCUGGUUGACCACCGAGGACCACUCCUCCUGCGAAGUGUUGGGCGUUACACCCAACACUGACAGGCACCUGAACAUGAGCCAGGUGCUCCAGCUUGGCGGUGUGAACGAGGACAUCCCCUACAUCUACCCUCAGCUUCAGCACAAACACUUCACAGGCUGCAUCCGCAACCUCAUCGUGGACAGCAAGCUGUAUGAUCUGGGCUCCCCGGCCGACUCGCAGUCCAGCUCUCCAGGCUGCCUGACCACCGAUAGCAGCUGUGUCAACAUGGGCUAUCCGUCCUGUGGCCACCGGGGUCGCUGUCACGGCGAAUGGGGCUCCUUCAGCUGCCAGUGUGUGCCGGGAUACACAGGACACCAAUGCGAAGAGGAGGUCCCAGAGUAUUCCUUUGAAGGACACAGUCAUGCACACUUCCAGCUGGCGUCCCCGCUGUCGGCGCGGAGGACAUGGGUUCAAGCCCUGGUUCGAACCCGCAAACACAGCAGCAUCAUACUCAACCUGAUCUCGAAGGAGCAGAGCGAAUACCUACGGCUAGAGAUCUUCCAAGGCCUCCUCUGCGUUUUCUACAACCUCGGGGAUGGGGACUACAACCUGACCCUACCCACCUAUCGCCUCGACAACGGUGAAUGGCAUGAGGUCUUCCUGGAUCGGCAUGACAACGAGAUGAUGCUGCGACUGGACGGUGGCGGAGGCCAGCGGCAGAUCACAGGGUCGCGAGGCCGAAGCCGAGAAAUCAUCAUUGACCGCACAGUGGUGAUGCUGGGGAACACCUUCCCCGCUGGAACCAACAAGAGCUUCCAGGGCUGCAUGAGGGACGUACGCCUCAAUGGUCGCUACAUGCCACUGGACAGCCAGCCGCGAGAUGGGGUUUCCCAGGUCAGCAUACAAGGCCUCUCCCUUGGGUGCUCGUCUGACUCCUGCAAAAGGAACCAAUGUAGUCCCCCCUUCACCUGUGUUGACUUGUGGAGAGUGCAUGAAUGCAGAUGUCCUCCUGGCCACAUGAUCCGUGUGAACGGGACCAGAAAGUCCUGUGUCUAUACCCUCUGUGCUACGCGGCCUUGCCACCGGGGGACCUGUGUGGCCCAGUCACCCUCCAAAUUCACCUGCCACUGCCCAGAGGGUUACAGAGGACACCACUGUGAGACAACAUUGGCCAUCUAUCGGGAGGACGUGGGCCUGAGCUUCAGCUCCCUCUUUGCCAUCUGUAUCUGCUUCAUGGCCUUACUAGUGCUGCUGCUGGGCAUUUUCCUCUACACUCGCUGGAGGAGCUACAAAGGGCUGAAAGAAGGCGUUUACCACGUCUCCGCCCACCACGACGGCUGGGAGGACAUCCGGGAGAACGUCCUCAACUACGACGAGGAGGGAGGCGGGGAGGAGGACCAGAAUGCCUAUGACAUGGCGGAGCUGCAGAAGUCCCUCCAGCCGAGCCCGGCCCAGUCAGUCCAGUACUGUCGCUCCAGGGCCCUGCAACACCACCCCCCUCCACCCCCCCUCCACCACCACCAUCACCUCCUCCACCAGGCGCACCCCGCCCCGCCCUCUGCCCAGCAGCUGGACUCCCUCAGCCGGACAGCCAGCUCGAGCACCCUGCCCCCUUCGGCAGCUUCUACUUCCUCCACGGCCACCACCACCGCAAGCCUCCGCCGGGACGUCCCCCCCACCAGACUGCCGGCCCAAGGCCAGGCCCGUCCCUCCCAGCUGGCGCGCCGCUCCCUGUCCUUCUCCAGCCAGGACCUGGCCCGCUACCUGUGCGAGAUCAUCCGCGACGCCGACCAGCAUCCGGACACGGGGCCCUUCGACUCCCUGCAGGUCUUCUCCACUGAGGGAGGGGGCUCGCCCGCCGGUUCACUCAGCUCCUUCAGCUCGGCGGGGCUGGAAGCGGGGAACGGCGGGGACGGGGGAGGGGGAGGGGGAGGAGUGGAGGAGAGGAGGGAGGAGACGCUCGGGGAAUGGGGCCCUCGCUUCGAAAAGCUGCGGGCGCUGUACGAGCAAGCCGAGGCGAGCGACCUCUGAGCUCGGAGACUCGCAUUGAUAGGACCCCGAUAACGGGCCGUCCCGGACCCAAUCAAUUAGCAGACGCUUAGCGACGGCUGAGGCGGGAAAAAACUGCGAGAGACUGACUGACUGACAGAGAGAUGGCUCCACACCCCUCACUCAUUGACAACUGCCGUGGAAGUCGUAUGUGUUGUAUUUACUGGGUGACGAGCCCCCGUCAGUCAACGCGGCGGCUUCACAGACAGAUGAAAGUGUCCCUGUGAAAAGAGCCCGUCGAUCUGCGCUCCCGCUACCUUGGAGGAAAAUUUAUAUCGCAGGAGCAGACAUUAUUAAACCUGCCAGUCAGGUUAAAGGCUUCAGAACGUCACUCUGUAGCUGGGCUACUCAUCAUGAUGGAGCUUAAGCUUCACUGUCAGAGAAAUCUGUUCCAGUCCCAGCCACUAAAACCCCACACUAUCUAUUUUAUAACUCUCCUUGUGAGCUGCUAUGGAUGAGUGUUAGCUGAAGGAUUCAAAUAUGAAAUGAAAAUGUUUUGGCCAGGUUAUUAGCCCUAUCUUUUUUCAUACCUGAGCAAAUCAUUGCCACAUAAAAUGUAUUUUAGCACCUUGCUGCUGAAUGAGAUCUUCAUAAAUGAACAAAGGUCUCUUCCAUAUCUUCCGCUCUGCGCUGUUACGGGAUGCGACAGUGAAGAUGAGUGGGAUCAUACUGAGUAGCCCAUAAUACAUAGUUUGGAUUUUCACUCUUAAGUGGACACAUUGGGUUCUCCCUGCUUGGCUGUACACAGCUUCUAUCAAUGUUUGUAUUCAAGAAAAAAAAAAGAAGUGCUUGGACCAGCACUGGGUUGCAGGGUGAGAUUAUACUUCUUUUCUUCUGGUAAUGUGUCCUUCACUGGGUUGAGUAAUUAUGUAUUGGUUGGGUGUUUUCAUGUUUCAAUGCUCUGUGGGUUGUAAGACGUCAAGCUUUCAACUUACUACUGUGCCCUCAUCUUCAUGUGAUUUCCUAUUCUCAUUUGCGCUCCUCCGCCACGCGUCUCUCCUCCUCACCCGAGGGAGGGCGCACAGAAAUUCAAACAGCUUUGUUAUAAAGAAAUGGGAGCGGACGUGCAGACUGCGGGAGGGAGGAAAUACUUGCUCUGUUGCUCUGUUCCGCGCAACGCUGUUCCUUAGGCAUACCAAAUGUGGCGGGCUGCAGGAGACUGUAUUAACAGACGUUUGCGCAGUAGAAUACAAACAAUGUCAAACAGCUUUCCAAGGUGACCGCUCAAUAAACAGAACUGAAAAGACGAAGAGGAGGACAUUCACACUCAGCAUUCAUAUAUAUAUAUAUAUAUUAUUUGGAGCUGUUAUACCUGUGCCAUACGCAAUUCUCAACCACAUAUAACUAUUGUCCCUUGCUAAAUUACCACAUAUUGUUGAUUGUAGGAAAGUGGACUCAAUCUGGAGGGAAAUAAUACGUCUGCAGUCAUUUUCCCAGCUGUGAAUUGUCAGCACAGUGGCAAGCGUUCCUCUUGUUUGGCUUCCUUUUCACAUCAGAUUGAUGGAUCUUGACACAAAAAAACAGACUUCCUGCUGUUGUGGAACUGGCAAGAACAAUUUGUGGUAAGAAAAAAAAAAAAAACAACGAAAGGAAAGGAAAAGACCAAAA